GGCAAUUCCGGAGCCGGCAAGGGCCGCCCGGGCUGCCGGAAAGACGCAAGGAUAAGGCGGAUCGCGCCAUGGGCAUCGCCGACGCGCUCGAGGGCCCCGGCGAUCGAAAGCCCCCCAGCCGACUACAGAGAAGACACGGACGGGCGCCCGGCAAUCCGCGCCCGGAUAGG